CCGCCGGUGAGCCCUGGCUGCCUGUGCUGAUGUGAUGAGCUGCAGUCUGGGUGAUGAUUGGAGCGGGGUUGGUUGGGGUCUCCGUGAGGCUGUGCCGCUCCAGGGAUUCCUUCCUGCACCUCACACCCGAGCUCAGAGCCCAGCUCCGCCUGGAGCAGAAUCAUGCCGUGGAGGUGUCAUGGGGCGAGAACCCGGUCUAUCUGGGUUGGAUUGAGACUCGGAGUAGAGGUGAUUCAGGGUAUAACUCCGUGGAGUUGAACAGGCAAUUUGGGGAAACGUUGGGCCUCUCAGAUGGGCAGCAGGUUUUCCUGAAGCAGUGUUCCAAUGUCGUAUCUUGUAAGGAAAUCACAGUUGAACCCCUAUCCUCUGAUGAUUGGGAAAUACUGGAGCUUCAUGCAUCUGCCCUUGAAACACAACUUCUAGAUCAAAUUCGUGUUGUUUAUCCAAAGGCCAUCUUCCCAGUAUGGGUUGAUCAGCACACGUGUAUCUACAUUCAGAUUGGUGCUCUGAGUCCUCCUGCAAGUUAUGGCAGAUUGGAACCUCUCACGGAGUUAAUCGUAGCUCCGAAAACCAGAGGCUCUGAAGCUUUUUCACCGCUAAGGUCAGAUGAGUUUUACAGAGGAUCGAGAAGUAUUCAAGAUCCGAAAACAAGUGUGACAACAGGGACAAGCAGUGGAUCUUUGUCAACUGAUGGAGAAACUGGACUUGUUGAGACAGAGAACAUUCCCAGUGAGCCAAGUAUAUGGGACACACUAGGAAAUUUAUUUUUGAAUGCCAUAGGAAGGAAAUCCUCAACAUCACCCGAAGCGAGUGCAAAAGAUUUAUUUGCAAGGACUUUGCUACGAAGUAUUGACUUGGAAGCAGUGUUUAGAGUAUCUAAUAGUGUUCCUCCUAUUAUAAGGAGUAGUCAGGCAUACAGUGACCACUUGAACGAUAACACGGUCCAGGUUUUCUUAUGGUACCCAGAACCUCCAGGUUUAAUAUCAGAUGUUGUAUUAUCGUUUGGGCAUAUUGUAGAGCUUCCAUCACCCAAAAGACGAAGGGAAAUUGCAAAUACUAAAGCAGAAGGACAUGAAAAGAGCAAAAUAAAACCUGAGGAUGCAGAAAAAAGCACACCUGUGGGAGUCGGCACUCAGAGAUCCAAAGAAGUAGUGAAGAUUGUUUGGCAUGGCUUUGAGGACCUAAAAGAUGUAAUAGAGUAUGAUACCAGGAAUGGAAAUACACAUAUUGCGAAAGUUUGGGUUCCAGAGACCUUAAGAAAGAGAUUGAAUAUUAAUGUGUCUUCAGCGGUUCAUAUACAGUCAUGUGACUCCUUUCCAAAAAUCUCUGCCUCAAUUACGCUCCAACCAACAGAAUCCUUGGAUAGAGAGACAACUGAAGAAGAUGUUAAAUCAGCAUUUACUUCCUGGUUGCAAUCUUCUAGUACUUUAAAAGUACCUUGGGUUUUAGGGGAAAUGACUACUAUAAACAUUCCCAUUGAAGAAAGAAUGAUGGAAUUCUUAGUUCGUGUGAAUCCCGCAACUGAGGAGACAAGUGAAGAUAAUUUCUAUAUGUUAUGUCCAAGUUUCCUUCCGAAGACCAAAAUUAAUGUAAUUCUUCAACCUUUGGCAUCAGAUGAACGCUCGCGGGUCGAGCAGUUUGACCAGAGUCUCCCGUACUUGCAGACACAAAACUUGGGGGGCUUUGAGAGCCUGGUGACGUCUUGCUAUGAACAUGUUGUCCAUUGCCUCAUGGGACGGCCCUUGUCUCGACAACUAGUGGCGAUGGCUUCAGGACUUCGAAGCGGAGCAAUUCUGAUUUCUGGAGUCAAGGGAUGUGGAAAAACCACGUUAGCAAGAGCUUUAUGUAAAGAAGCAUUUGACAAUCUGGAGGCUCAUGUGGAAGAAAUCAGUUGUAAAUUACUAAAAGGAAAAACAUUUGAAAAUAUACACCAGGCCUUGGAAGAAUUAUUUGCCGAAGCUGCUUGGAGACAGCCCUCUGUUGUCCUAUUGGAUGACCUGGAUCACAUUGUUGGAAUUCCUUCUACACCUGAGCUGGAGCACAGCCCUGAAGCAGUUCAAAGCAAGCAGCUUGCAUAUGUAUUGAAAGGUCUGAUGAAAGAUAUAAUUACCAUGGACACUCAGAUUGCUGUUAUUGCUACAAGCCUCUCUGAUCGCUCCUUGAAUCCAAUUCUAAUUCCUGUGCAAGGAACUCAUCUAUUCCAGUGCCUUAAAACCAUCCAUCCACCCACUCAGGAACAAAGAUCUGAAAUGCUCCGCUGUGUUAUAGAAAACAGACUGAGCGCGGAUUUUGCUCGUUUCGAAGAACUUGACUUGAAUCAGCUUGCAAAAGAGACAGAAGGAUUUCUUGCAACAGAUUUUACAUUGCUUGUUGAGCGAGCCAUAGAAUCUAGUGUUGCAACUAGAAAGGUCUAUAGGAAGACAGAGCUGGAUUUGUCAAUGUCCAACUUCACGGAUGCUCUUAAAGGCUUUACUCCUUUGUCACUCAGAAAAGCUCACCUUCAUAAGCCAAAGAGCCAAGGAUGGAGUAUGGUUGGAGGCUUGCAUGAUGUCCGGCAGACUCUCAAAGACACCAUUGAGUUACCCGCCAAGUACCCAGAGCUGUUUGCAAAUCUCCCAAUACGCCAUAAAUCUGGCGUUUUGCUCUAUGGGGCUCCAGGCACAGGGAAGACUUUGUUGGCCAGUGUGAUCGCUCAUGAGAGUGGAAUGAAUUUCAUCAGCGUUAAGGGGCCUGAACUUCUCAGCAAAUACAUUGGAGCAAGCGAGCAGGCAGUGCGUGACGUUUUUACAAGAGCCGAAGCAGCAAAACCCUGCAUUCUUUUCUUUGAUGAGUUUGACUCCAUUGCCCCUCGUCGAGGUCAUGAUAAUACGGGAGUGACGGAUAGAGUGGUCAACCAGAUGCUGACACAGCUGGAUGGGGUGGAAGGGUUACAAGGAGUUUACGUUUUGGCUGCCAGCAGUCGUCCAGAUUUGAUCGACCCUGCCUUGCUCAGACCUGGACGUUUGGAUGAGUGCCUGUACUGUCCUCCUCCUGAUCAGAUUUCCCGGAUUGAAAUCCUGAAAGGUCUCAGUCAUUCCAUGUUGCUAGACGAUGAUGUGAACUUUCGGCAAAUAGCUGCUUUGACAGAGAAUUUCACUGGCGCAGAUCUGAAAGCGUUGCUAUAUAAUGCUCAGCUGGAAGCAAUCCAUUCUAGUCUAUCACCAAGCCUGCCACAGGAUAAUGGUUCUGGAUCAGACAGUGAUGUUAGCUUGUCUUCAAUGAUCUUUGUGAACCCCAGCAGUGGAUCUGAUGAAUCGGCGGGGGAGUCAGACAGUGCUCUAGAGCAGUCUCUUGCCUCCUUGGAUAUCGUGAAGCUGCCACCUGAAGAUUCAAAGUCCAGCAUCUGGCGCCUUUAUUUUGGAAGUUCGUAUGAAUCUGACCUGGGAAAUAGCAGCACAGAUCAGACUUCUCAGAGCUUAUCAGGAAGCAAUUCUAUUACACUUGAUUUUACCUGCUUGUCUGUAGGAGAAUUAGUGCCAUCACAACCUCUAAUGCCCAUAACCUCCUCACAAGAAGAUCCACAGGAGCUUAAUCAGGAACAUUUUCAGAAACUAAAUGAUGAGAUCAGUGUUACCAAGGCCAACUUCACGAACGUGGAAAAUUUAUCUCGUUGUCAGCCCGAAACAAAGAACAAACUGUGUGUCUGCCAGCAUCACCUUAUGACUGCCCUUAGUAGCACAAGGCCAUCUAUUAGUCAAGAAGAGUGGAGAGUUUUCAAUGAUCUGUAUGACAGUUUUAAAAAUCCGAAGAGAAUCCAUGGCGAAGCCCCAAGGAGAAGCCAAAAAGUAACGCUGGCAUAACUCUGUAAUUGUGUUUAUGCUGUGCUUACAGUUUGUAAUUACUGACAAUUGACCGAAAAUGUAAAAUGGAUUAGAUGUUUAUUUUUUAAUUCUGAUAUUCUGAUCUUUAUACAGAGAUAAAUAUAACUAAUCCGUAAAAUGCAUGAAUGUGUUUGUUUACACAAUAAGCAACAUGGACCACAGUCUUGUAGAGAAUCGUGGGAGUUGUAGGCCAACAUCAUUCGGGGAGGACACACACUGGGUACAAGUUUUAUAUGAAAAUCAUGUAGAAUAUUUGUUCCCUGUAUCAAAUAUUGUACGCUAUGUUUUAAGAUCAGCCUAGUUCUUUACAGAUUGCUUUGGUUUGAAGUAUCAUUUUCAUAGUUCUAAGAAUUUAAAUUUGUAUUUCUUUUAUCAGUUUGUGCUAAGCCAUAGAAUUCAUAGUUUUACAAAGGCGUUUCUUCGGACUGUACGUCCCUAGGACAAUAUUUAAUUCAUUGCAAGAUCAUUAUCAUUAAAGUAGUUUUCCUUUUGUCAUUUGAA